CCUAAUUAGUAUCUAAACAUUCGAUGUAACGGGUGCUAAAAAUAAGUCGGUGGAACCAAACCAGGCCUGAGUCGAUCCUUGAGAAGUAGCCAGAAAAACACCUUAUGCUCAUUCGGCAUUUUGAUCUCCAUAUCCAUAGGAAGGCUGGAUGAACCUCUCUGUGUCCAAUGAGAGCUUUAUAUGCCUUUGAUGCUGAGAAGUUAUGAUUACCCCAUAUGUAUUGCCAUUGAUCUUUGUCAGUCGAGGGCUGAUUACUUAGUAAUAUCUCCUCCAGUUCCUGAAAUUGCUGAUGCGCCUGAGUUGAGAGAGAGGUCAGUCCAGAAGAGGACAGUGGAGCCGUCUGCAAUAACAGCAGAAGCAAGUCCUUUGAAGGAGUCAAGGAGCUUGACAAUGCCUCUCCACCAAAAGGAUCCCUUUUUGAAUUGUCCAGGCAGUUUACCAUUGGAAUAGUAAUUUUCCCAUAAUAAGUGGACCCAAGGGAUAUCAGCCCUGUUGAAAAAUUUGUGUAAGAACUUGAGUAGAAGAGCAUCAUUGUGGACUGAGAGGUUUAUGACUCCUAGUCCUCCUUCCUUCUUUGGUACACAGACCAUAGGCCAAGCAGCUUUGGCCGGCUUCUUUGAGUUUAAAUCUGCUCCACUCCAUAGGCAAUGUUUCCUGUAUUUAUCUAUAUGCUUGAUGACUCUUUUGUGUAGCUUCAUGGUUGAAAUGUAGAAAACUGCAGAUGCUGAAAGCACUGAGUUGACCAUUUCCAAUUUUCCUCCUUGGGUGAGGAAUGUCGAGGUGCAUAGGUUCCUCUUCAACACAAGCAGGUGAUAAGGUUCUGACCUACAAGUUCCGAUGACAAUCUGCAGCAGUGAUGAGAUCAUUGAUGAGUUUGAGUUGCUAACGCGUGAUGCUGGACGCGUGCAGCAGGAUACGCUGAGAAAGAUUCUUGAACUAAAUGCUGAUGCUGAGUAUCUGAAUCGCUUCAAUCUUGAAAGGAGAACAGAUUCCAAGAGCUUCAAAUCCUGCAUUCCUCUAUGUGUGCAUAGUGACAUAGAGUCCUACAUCCAAAGGAUAGUUGAUGGAGACAACUCACUGGUGCUAACUGGGAAGCCCAUCACUUCCCUCUCCGUAAGUUCUGGUACGACACAGGGAAAACCAAAGUUUUUGCCAUUCAAUGAUGAAUUGCUUGAGAGUACAAUUCAAAUAUUCCGAACCUCAUAUGCUUUUAGAAACCGUAAAUAUCCUAUUGGUAAUGGAAAAGCUCUGCAGUUUGUUUAUGGGAGCAAACAAGUCUUUACGCAAGGGGGCAUUCUUGCUACAACUGCGACAACAAAUUUGUACAGGAGUUGGCGUUUCAAGGAAGCGAUGAAGGAUAUCAUGUCUCAGUGCUGCAGUCCUGAUGAAGUCAUCUUUGGUCCCGACUUCCAUCAGUCUUUAUACUGCCAUCUAUUAUGCGGGUUAAUCUACUCAGAUGAAGUUCAGUUUGUUUUCUCACCAUUUGCACACAGUCUUGUCCAUGCAUUCCAUACCCUCGAGGAGGUAUGGGAAGAUUUAUGUGCUGAUAUAAGAGAUGGUGUUCUCUCAAAGCAAGUCACCGCACCAUCUAUCCGUCAAGCUGUUUCAAAAAUCUUGAGACCAAAUCCUGAGCUUGCUAGUUCAAUUUACAGCAAGUGCCACAAUUUGAGUAAUUGGUAUGGGGUAAUCCCAGCAUUGUGGCCAAAUGCAAAGUACAUCUAUGGUAUAAUGACAGGGUCCAUGGAGCCAUACCUAAAGAAAUUGAGACAUUAUGCUGGACACUUACCACUGAUGAGUGCUGACUACGGUGCAUCUGAAGGAUGGGUUGGCUCUAAUGUAAACCCGACGCUGCCGCCUGAGGAGGUGACAUACGCUGUUCUUCCGAAUAUUGCUUAUUUUGAGUUCAUUCCUCUGGAAAAACCGAAAGGGGAGGAAAUGGAGAACAGCUCCUCUAUUCACUACAUAGAGUCAGAACCUGUUGGCUUAACUGAAGUCCAGGUUGGCAAAAUCUACGAAGUUGUAAUAACCAACUUUGCAGGUCUAUACCGAUACAGACUGGGAGAUAUUGUGAAGAUAGCGGGCUUCCACAACUCAACACCAGAGCUCAAGUUCAUAUGUCGCAGAAGCCUAGUCCUGAGCAUCAACAUCGACAAGAACACGGAGAAAGACCUGCAGCUAGCCGUCGAAGAGGCAGAGAAGCUCUUGGCCGAAGAGAAGCUCGAGGUGGUGGACUUCACGAGCCUCGUGGACAGAUCCAGCGACCCGGGGCACUACGUCAUCUUCUGGGAGCUGAGCUCUGGUAACGCCAGCGAGGAGGUCCUGAGCAGCUGCGCGAACAGCAUGGACCUGGCCUUUGUGGACGCGGGGUACGUCGGCUCGAGGAAGAUCAAGACCAUUGGAGCCCUCGAGCUCCGUGUCCUCCGGAAGGGCACCUUUGGGCAGGUCAUGAACCACUACCUGAGCCUCGGUGGCGCCGUGAGCCAGUUCAAGACGCCGCGGUUCGUGAGCCAGUCCAACAGCAAGGUGCUGCAGAUACUGAACAGGAACGUCACCCAGAGCUACUUCAGCUCUGCAUAUGGGAUCUGAUCGUUGCUGUCCACACAAGCUUACUGAUAGCUGAAAUGCAGUUAUCUUCUUAUCAUCGUCUUAGAUCCUUUUACUUUGAUCACUUCAUCUAGUCUACUGAAAGUGUUUGGUGUACGAUCCGUCAUGUUGAGGGUAGCGCAACUGUAUAUUGCUAGUAGCUCUUAUAUGUAAAUAUAGCUGUUUGACAGUGUGUAUAGUAAUGUAGCUGUGAUGUAAGGUUGCUGCACUCCUAGCACUGCAUUUAGCAGCCGUUAUCCACUCGAGAAAAUUCAGAAAAA